AUGCAAACCGAGUCAGAUACAACUCAUUUAGGAGGAGUUUCAUUCUUGGAAAGCCAAGUUGAUGAAAAGUACUUUCAUUGGAAGAAAAAUUCGCGAUUUCUGUAUGAUCUCCUGGUCACGAGAAGGCUAUUAUGGCCUUCUUUGAGCAUUGAAUGGCUUUCGGUGGUAGAGAAAUCGAAUGAGAAACCCAUCGAUAAAUACCGUUUGCUGCUAGGUACACAUGCGGCAGAAGGAUUUCCAAAUUACUUGCAGUUGGCAGACAUUGAUUUACCAGACGCAGAACAGACGAGUUUGGAUCCUGUAAAAUACUACAAUGAAGAUCUGGGAGAACUAGGCGGAUACAGCCCGCAACACCCAUGUCGGUUUCAAUUAAUACAAAGGGUUAUGCACAAUGGUGAUAUCAACCGAGCAAGGCACAUGCCGCAGAACCCCAAUAUCAUUGCAACUUUCAGCUCGUGUGGUGAGGUAUAUGUGUUUGAUCGUACAAAAUACACAUCCGUUCCAGCUGAGGAGUUUUUUCCAAACGUUCACUUGCAGGGGCAUGAAGCAGAGGGAUUCGGCUUAUCCUGGAAUCGCCAGCGCAAUGGUAAGCUGUUAACGGCUGCAAAUGAUUCCAAAAUUCUAGAGUGGGAUUUGCAAGCGUUUUCCCAAAGUUCCAAUGUAUUAUUCCCUGUAUCCUCUUAUCAUAACAAUUCUAUCGCUUUGAAUGAUGCAGAAUACAAUCCCUUUCAUGAGAACCUUUACAUUGCCGCGAGUGACGAUGGAAGUGUUCUUGUAUGUGAUAAUCGAACUCCCUCAAUUGUUUUUCAAUCGGCUCAAGUACCAUCCUCGGUUUAUUCCGUUCGACAUAAUCCGCACAUAGCAUCACUCUUUGCACUUGGUACGGAGAGUACCUUGCAGUUGCGCGAUUACAGAAAACUUAACGUUCCUUUAAUGGACACCGAGUCCAUGUUUGCGAAAAAAGCUGCUCCUUCGCAAGUAACUGCAAUUGGCGCUACUAGUAUGUCAUGGAGCUGGUCGUCUCCUAGCGUCUUGGUGAGCGCAUGUGAGAACCUUUGUUAUCUAUGGAAUUUCGAAUCCGAGAAUCCAUUGACGUUUGUUCAUGGAGGACAUCGGGGCCUUGUUAAUGAGGUGGAUUUUAGUCCCUUUGAUCCUAAAUGUGUUGCCUCUGUCGCCGAUGAUAAUGAGCUACAUAUUUGGAAACCCAGCGUUCCAAUUUAA